GCGGGAUCGAAUGGAAAGUUGGUGAACGGAAUUGAAUGUGUUAACAUCCCUGUGUGGAAUGCGACAGGUACACGCGGAAAGAAGAGCAACUUCAGGUUUUUAACUGAAACCAGCUCAAUCAUGCCUGCCCAUCGCUCUCCAUUCUUCUUCCCAGACCAGAUGACUCUCAUCCUUGUGACCAUUCUCCUGAUGCUGAUUUCAGAAGUUCAUACCCAAGGCCGGCUGAAGCUGACGGUUCUGUCUGAAGAUCGGCUGCAGAUGAAAUGGAAGGAGGCAGAGGGGCCAGUGCAGGGCUACAAGGUCCGUGUUCGGCCUAUUACAGAGGUUCCCCAGCCAGAGCUAAUGCUGACAACCACACGUGGGCGAGCCACAGUGGCAGGCCUGGACUCCAGACAGGAAUACCUCCUCCAAGUCCUGGUGCUCAAUGGAACACUGGAGAAACUCAUUGCAAAGAGACACUUCACCAUUGAUGCUUUGCGUGAAGAGGAGUUAAUCCGCAGUGGAAACAGGGAGCAGAAGAAGAAGAUUCCAGCCAUUGGCUCUGGCUCGAUGGAUGAUGUGACAGAAGCUCUCGCAUCCCUGCCCACAGUGCUCUACCGAGAACCAACAAACACAGAGCCCCCUGCUUUACCUGAGGUUGAUCCAGAGAUUGUUAAAAGCACCAAAGAGAAGAAAAAAGACAAGAACCAUGCCAAGACUGAGGGUAAAAAUUAUCAAGAAGAAACUAGAGGAAAGCCAGUGAGAAAUGACUUCCCUAACAAUAACAAACCAAAAAAAUCCACCCCAUCCCAACCUGUCACAGCUGUAUCCACACGGAAGCCGUUUGAAUGCAGCGCUGGCGCACAGGCAGAUCUGGUCCUUCUAGUGGACGGAUCCUGGAGCAUCGGUCGCACCAACUUCAGAAAGGUGCGCGACUUCUUGGAGGGGCUGGCUGUUCCCUUUCACAUUGGCCCAGAGGGCGUGCAGAUAGCAUUAUCUCAGUAUAGUGGAGACCCACGCACAGAGUGGAAUCUUAAUAACUUCACCUCUAGAGAGCCUCUUCUGGAGGCCAUCAGGAACUUCAAAUACAAGGGAGGCAACACCUUCACAGGUCAGGCUCUCAUCCAUGUUCUGGAGAACAAUCUGAAAGAGGAAGCAGGGGUGCGGACCAACACACCACAGUUCCUGCUUCUCUUGACUGAUGGCAAAUCUCAGGAUGAUGCCAUAUCUGCAGCCAACAGGCUGAAGAACUUCGGUGUGGAGAUCAUUGCUAUAGGUGUGAAAAAUGCAGAUGAGGCAGAGUUGAGACAGGUGGCGUCUGAGCCUCUGGAGCUAAAUGUAUAUAAUGUGAAUGAUUUUCCUCUGCUCAGUAAGCUGGUGGGAAGACUGGCUCGUAUUGUCUGUGGCAAGAUUGAAGACCGUAUUAAAGCAAAGAGAAUGGAGCAUCCCACUCAAGACCCAGUCCUGUCCUACCCGAGCCCAACUGAUCUGCAGUACGUAGGACUAAGUUCAAGAGAGGUGCGUCUGCGUUGGACCGCCCCCAGUAGAGCUCCCCAGCAGUACAGAGUGGUGUACCACACUGCUGAAGGACAGAGUUUGAAGGAGGUGGUGGUGAAUGGAACAGACUCAACAGCACUGCUGACAGGACUGUCCUCACAGACACAGUAUCAUAUAUCCAUCUUCCCUGUACAUGAAAAUAAUGUGGGCUCUGCUCUUAGAGGCACCUUUACUACAUUGCCAUUGGCCAUGCCCGAGGCUCUAGAGGUAACUGCCUCCUCCCCCAGCAGUCUGCGGGUGCGCUGGCAGCCAGCUGCAGGAGCCACGCAGUACAUGGCCUUGUACUCAGCACUCACUGAUGGAGAGCCUGAUGAUGCCAGAGAGGUGAAGUUCGGACCUGCUCAGACGGACGUAGAGUUUGUGGAUCUGAUGCCAUCCACAGAUUAUUCAGUCACACUUUAUGCACUUUAUGAUGAGGACCCGAGUGAUCCAGUCACAGCCAUCAGCACAACCUUCCCAUUGCCGUCUCCUCUCAGCUUGCAGUUUCCCAUGAUCAGUCACAGCACUCUGAGGAUAACAUGGGUCCCUGGAGCGGUCGAUGUUCCCUCCCACCGCAUCAUCUACAGCACCAAUCAUGGCAGUGAUGUCAAGAAGGUGGAGGUCAAGGGUGUGAACACAGUGUUACUGCAGAAUCUGUCUUCACUCUCCAGAUAUCUGGUGUCAGUGCAGUCACUCUUUGACAAGGGCCUGUCCACUCCUGUCACAGCCAAUGUCACUACCUUGAAGGUGCCGGCUCCCUCAGAUCUGAGAGUCACUAACUUCUCUGGCAGUGACAUAACAGUGCGAUGGGAAGCCGCGGCGGAUGACGUGGUCUCUUAUCUCAUCAAGUGGAUCUCCCUCAGUGGAGGAGAUCUCAGGCAGCUGAAAGUCGAUGGAGAGAGUGAGGGAGCCAUCUUGGAAGGGGUUGAGGAAGAUAAAGAAUAUCAGAUCUCACUGUCGGCACUAUAUGCUGAUGGGGCUCAGAGUGAGGCUGUGGCAAUACGAUACAGCACCUUAUCAGGAGGUGGUCCCAGCAGUUUAUCUAUCUCAGAGGAGACAGCAGUUAGUAUGUUGGUCAACUGGAUUCAUCCCAAUGCCCACGUGCAGCAGUACCGUGUGUCCUACACUCCCCUCACUGGAGACAGGAGGGAGAACACAGUGUCAUUGCCAGGCAGUGAGAGGCGCAUCCUGCUGCAGAAUCUGCUGCCUGACACUCGUUACAGUGUGCUGGUCACUGCUGAGUACCGCAACAGGGAGGGCGGCAGUGCCUCAGCUCAGGGGAAGACCACUAGUCUGCGGGUCAGCAGUGUGAGUGUGGUUCGGUCUGAUCACUCCAGUAUCUGUGUGUCCUGGAGGCCUGUAGUUGCGGUCAGCAGUUAUCGCAUAGUCAUCCAGGCCCUCAGAGAUAAACACACAAAGGAGGAGAUAGUGAAUUCUACUAGCAGCAGUCACUGUUUCUUAGAACUGCAGCCUGAAACAGUGUAUCGCAUCAGUGUGUAUUCCCGUCUGGGAACAGUAGAGGGUUCCGCAGUCACAAUCCUUCACCCCACAGCAACCGCUCCAGUGAGAAUUCAGGUUCCUCCUCGACUGCAUCCCAUACAAAACGAAGUGUGUCCUGAGAUGACAGUCAGAAAUCACAUAGUUAAAGGCUUCAACAUGAUGGAAGCAUUUGGUCUAACUCAGAGAGCUCAUUCAUCUAUUGAGGGUGUAGUAGCCGAGCCUUUCAUCUUCAGUAUCUUGCCCAGUUACACCCUUUACAGAGACGUACAACUGACCCAGAGCACAGGUUUCAUCCACCCAGCUGGGUUUUCUCCAGAACAUACCAUCAGCAUUGUCUUCAGGCUUCUGCAGGACUCACCAAGGGAGCCAUUCGCCCUCUGGCAGCUCACAGACAAUGACUUCCAACCUAAGAUGGGGCUUGUGCUGGACCAUGAGAAGAAAGUGCUGCUGUACUUCAGUCUGGACUACAGAGGAGAGAUACAGCAGCUGACCUUUGACCAGCCACAAGUCCAUUCUAUCUUCUACGGCAGCUUUCAUAAGAUUCAUUUAUCUGUCAGUCAGGUGAGCGUAUCACUCUCUGUAGAUUGCCAGCGAGUUGGUGAGAGACCUGCACGUCCCUUGGGAACUUUGCCAACUGAUGGCUUUGAGAUGCUGGGCAAGCUAGUUAGGACUAGAGGGCCACACAGUGGAUCUGCAGCUUUUCAGCUGCAGUCGUUUGAGAUUGUGUGCAACACUACCUGGGCUUCAGAAGAUACCUGCUGUGAUGUUCCUGCACAGAGAGACGAGGAGAGCUGUCCAGCACCUCCAUAUGCAUGCACCUGUACCACCAACAUCCCUGGAGCAGCUGGAGAUAAUGGUCCACCUGGAAAACCUGGCCUUCGUGGGGAAAAGGGAGAAAAAGGAGAGCUGGGGCAAAAGGGUGAGAUGGGUCCUCCAGGCAAGACAGGCCCUGAGGGCAGCUUUGGCACCAUUGGAUCCGCUGGUCCACGGGGAAUAACAGUAAUGGGAAAAGUGGGUCCACCAGGAGCCAGAGGGGAAAAAGGAGAUAUUGGAAGGCCUGGUAGUCAGGGUUUACCAGGGCCUCCUGGUCAAAAAGGUGAAGAGGGCAUUCCUGGUCCUAAGGGCACCAGAGGAGUAGAAGGUAACAUGGGACCCCCAGGAAUUACUGGCCCGAGAGGUUUUCAGGGUAUGCCCGGCCAUCCAGGACCAUUGGGAGAGCGAGGGCCACUUGGUCCUCUAGGACCCACAGGGCUUCCAGGAAGUAAGGGUGAGAGGGGAGAGAAGGGAGAGCCACAGUCUCUUGCCAUAAUCUUCCAGCUUGUUACACAGGCCUGUGAAAAGCUUGUGCACAAUGAGGUGCUGAAGUUGGAUACAUUUCUGAAUGAGAUAAAUCGGAAGCCAGUGCCCAUCCAGGAACCAGUAGCUCCUCCAGGAGAGCCAGGUAUACCUGGGGGAAGGGGCACACCAGGACCACGUGGACCUCAGGGGCGACAAGGAAGCAGAGGGGAGUCUGGGAAACCUGGAUACCCUGGUGAACAGGGACGCAGCGGUAUGCCUGGUGAAAAGGGGUCUCCAGGAGCCAAUAUGCUGGGACCACAAGGAAUAAAGGGAUUUGCAGGACCUCCAGGUGAAACCAGAAGAGGGGAACCAGGCCCCAAAGGAGAAGAUGGUAAAUCAGGACCUCCUGGUAUACCAGGAGGUCUGGGGCAACAAGGAGAAAUUGGCCCUCCUGGUGUUUGUGACAGCAGUGGAUGUUAUCGAGGAGACCCUGCUGUGGAGGAUCCAUACCUUGGAUACCAGCCUUGAUUUGCAAAGUUUGUAAAAUGUUACUUGGUGUUACUUCAUUGCUACAGAAUCAUCUCCCUCUCCACAAUCUGUGAAAAGACAUUGUGGGAAGUAACAGAUAAAGCGAUUCUGCCAAAGGUUAACUUUCAAUGAGCCGGUUUAUGGACUCUAUUGACUCUCUAAUUUUCUCUAAGCGAUAGCUGAUCUCAGUUCCCAACACGCAUACCGAGAUCACCAAAGCACUGAUCAUCCCUGACCCCUGUCUACACUGUCCCAGUAUUCAACCUGAUCUGCUGCUACAAGACAACGGCAGAUUCUUGUGUGGAACUGAUUUUGUGCUGCACUGAUGUUCUGUUUGAAAGCUGAGGAGGACACACACACACACACACACACACACACACACACACACACACACACACACACACACACAAAACACUCACUCUCAUUUUUUUAGAGGUAGACGUUUCCAGAUGAGGAACUAGUGUGUUACUGAAUGAUAGCUAAAAUCUGCACUAAGACUUUUUCCAAAAAUGUUAUGUAUUUUAUUGUAUUUAAUGCACUAUGUGUUUUAACUGUAUAUUGUUGAAGGCAUAUUCAUUUCAAUACUUUUCAUUCCAGUAUCUUGAUCUCUAAUUUCUGAUUUUUGUUCCAAGUAUUUUUUUAAUUAAGCAAUAUUUUGCAAUAGCAAUACAUGUUAAUAUGAAAUACACUGUGAUAUUGUAUUAUUUGACUUUUCUACUGUGGCAGGGCAGAGGGCGGGGCCAGGUCAUGAUCAUACACACUCGGUCCCUUAUCAGGCUAAUGUCCGUAAACGAUCUCUCUCUCGUCUUUAUAAC